GUGGGCACAGGUGGGUGGCACUGGUGGGCACAGGUGGGUGGCACUAGUGGGCACAGGUGGGUGGCACUGCUAGGCACAGGUAGGUGGCACUUCUGGGCACAGGUGGGUGCACUGCUGGGCACAGGUGGGUGCACUGCUGGGCACAGGUGGGUGCACUGCUGGGCACAGGUGGGCGGAACUUGCGGGUGGCACUGCUGGGCACCGAUCAUCAGGGCACUGGUGAUCAGUGACCCUGAUGAUCGGUGCCGAUCCUCGCUCUGACAACUGCCGCUUCUCGGCAGUACUUUCCUCACGAUCUGACAGCGUGAGGAAAGUGCAGCCGAGAACCGGCACUUGCAU